GAACACAAUCAAAGAACAUUCAGAGGAUAUUAAAAAUUAAGGAUGUGGGUUGUAUCUCAAAUUAACAGACCUUUGAUAGUACUGGUAUAAACACAGUGACCUUAGAUCCAAAGAACCAUCAGUUAAUAUUGUAGUCACUAUGAAAUUUUAACACAGGAAAUAUUUCUUUCAGGGCAUGGUAGUGAAUGUCUACAAUCCUAACACACAGGAGACAAAGGCAGGCAAGUCAUCAGUUUGAAGCCAGACUAGUUAGACCCUGUCUCCAAACAGCUAUUCUUUCACAUUAAUCAUUUCUGUAGUCAUUAAAUUCCAAAUACCUAAAUAUGUAACAGGUAAUAAUAGAUUGCCUUCCAUAAAUAAACAAAUGAAGUAAAUAUAAUAGUUUUUAGGAUCAAAGAAAUAUAAUAUGAACACACUUUUAUUUUUAAAUAGGUAAAGAUUUUUAUUAUUAAAAUGCCAGUAGUACUGGGCAUGAUGGCACACACCUUUAAUACCAGUACUCAGGAGGCAGAAGCAGGUGGAUUUCUGUAGGUUCAAUGCAAACCUGGUCAUCAUAGAAUGUUUCACGCUAUCGAUAGAUACAUAGUGACGCCUGUCCCAAACCAUCAACCAAUGACAGUGAUGAGUCAGUGAGGCUUAUAUUUCCUAUAAUUAUGAUUAUAAUUCUUAUAAUUCUGCUAUAACUUUUUUGCUGCCAUUGCCUUGAUGCACUGUUCUUGGUUCAUCCAUAUUCAUCCAUUCUGUGGUUCAGCAAAGAUUGGCUAUACCUUUGAAAUAGAUACAUCUAAACAUCUGCUACACUGUUACUAUCUUGGUCCUAACUUCCCAACAUUGCAAUCCUGUUUAUUUCCCUGUUUCUUUUCUUGUCUUCUAUGUGCCUGAAAGCAACAGUCAAAAUCAUCAGUUUAAAAUGUGACUCUCAAUGGGUGAUAUCUCAGUGCACUCACAGUUAAACUCAGUUCCAUUAUAGAGAUCUAUGGCUCAUGCAUGGUUAGAAUCCUCCUUUCCUUUAUGACCUUGUCUCUGGUACUAUUCUUUCGUUCUCUGCUCCAGUCUCAUUACUCUCCUUAUCCUUGUAGUAAAUAAAGUAGGUUUCUACCUCAGGACCUUUGCACUUAGGAUUUAUCUGCUGACAGGAUUUAUCUGAUAACACCUGUUUGGCCCACUCCCUUUCUUUUUACAGAUCUUUGUUCAGAUGUCACUAAAGUUACCUCUGACUUCUACUGUUAAAUACCUUUCUUUUUGUCUGAGUCCUUACCCUGCUUCAUUUGUCUCAAUAACACAUAUCUAUUGGAUUAUAUGCUUAUUUACGUUUUACCGGUUUUUCUAACUACAUUUUCACCUCAGUAAGAGCAAAGCCGUGACUUCAUUCACCACUAAAAGCCACUGCUAGCACUUAGAGCAGGGCAGAGUAGGCAUUCUGUGGCUUCUGAUUAAAUGAAUAUAUUGACAGAACAUUUUUGGAAAUCAACUACUACAGAUUUUACAAGCUGGGUUGUUUUUUUUUUUUUUAAGUAAUGAUGAUUAAAGAAAUCUUAAGAAUCUGUUAUUUUUAAAAAAGGAAGAGAUGUACAUGAAUAUGGUCCAAAAAUAUGGGACCAAGAACAGUAAUGAAGGUUUUGUUUUUCUGUAUGUAAGUACCUAGAAGUUAAUAGAAGAAUAAUUUCCAACUUUAGAGAAACAUUCAAAAUUAGGACCAGUCCCUGAGUGUUGGCAGUCUUUGAGAGGAGGUUAUGUUGAUGGAAGCAGACAGUAGAUGCAGCUGAGUAGUAGGAACUGUGGGGAUAGGUGGCUUAGAAACAUGUCAAGUGGCCUGGAAGUUAAUCAAAAGGCUAUUCUGUUUGUUUGUUUGUUUGUUUGUUUGUUUGUUUUUCUGUUGUUUUUCUCUAGCUCUGGCUGUCCUGAAACUCGCUCUGUAAAUCAGGCUGACCUCGAACUCAGAGAUUCACUUAACUCUGCUUCCUAAAUGCUGAGAUUAAAGGGAUGUGUCACUACUGCCCAGCUAGAAGACUAUUGUUGAUACACAAGCCAUAAGGAUAAGAAAACUGUCUAGAUAUAAGCUUGGUACUGCCAUGCAAGAAGGCAAGAAGAGUCAUAAAGGAAGUGUCAGUUAGGCAUAUACAAGAAGGCAGAGCUGAGAUACCACAUGAGGUACUGAGUAGAGAAUGUGAGAAAACAAAGACCUAGAGUAAAUAUCAGCAGCAAGAGAUAUGACACAGAAUAGAGAGCAUUGAUUAACUGCUUGUGUUUAAUUCUUUUCUUCUUCUAUUCUAGGUUUCUCUGUCGCCCACCAAAAAAAAAAAAAAAAAAAAAAAUGGAUCACUUAAGGCCUGGGAGGACUCAGUUAUCACAGUAAUCCUGUACCAUCAACUAAGGUUUAUCUGACAGUUUAUAGAACCAUUGAAGAGUUAAAAGAAGAUAUUCUUUCAUAGAACGAGUCCUAUAGUAUCAUGUUACUAAAUAAAACUAAAAUGUACAAUAUUUAAGUUAUUAGACUUGCUAAUACAAGCAUACAUGUGCAACAGCUACUGGAUACUGAUAGCUAUCAAACCUCAAAUUUAAAGAUUUUCCUUCAUGGAAAAGUUACUAUACUUUGCAAGAAACCACUGAACGUUGUCAUUGGAUAUUUUUUCAGCAAAGUAUCAUUUAGAAAAAAUUUUCUUGAAACAAAGUCUAUAAAGUUCUAAGUCCUACCAUUGAGUGAAUUUGAUAUUAUGGCAGCAACUUACAGACUUGUGGUUAGCACUGUGAACCAUUAUAGCAGUGUAGUGAUAGACCGGCGCUUUGAACAAGCCAUACAUUAUUGCACUGGAACCUGCCAUACCUUCACACAUGGAAUAGACUGCAUUGUGGUGCAUCAUAGUGUCUGUGCAGAUCUCGUGCAUAUCCCUGUGUCUCAGUUCAAAGAUGUGGAUCUGAACUCGGUGUUUUUGUCUCAUGAAAAUGGGCUUUCCUCGGCUGAAGAUUAUCCCCAUCAAGCCCUCACAGGCCUGCCCAGGGGCAAGAAAGCAUCUACAUUUCAGAAUACCUGUAACUUAAAGGACAUUGCAGGAGAAGCAAUUAGCUUUGCCAGUGGGAAAAUAAAAGAAUUUUCCCUUGAAAAACUCAGAAAUUCAAACCAUGCAGCUUACAGAAAAGGAAGAAAAGUUAAAUCUGACUCAUUUAAUAGGAGGUCAGUUGAUUUUGACUUACUCUGUGGCCAUUAUAAUAAUGAUGGAACCUCUCCACCCUUUGGUUUACUCCGGAGUUCCUCAGUUGAGGAAAAAUCUUUAUCUCACAGAAAUUCAUUAGAUACAAACCUGACUUCCAUGCUUUUUCAGAACUUGUCUGAAGAAGAUCUAGUUACACAGAUUUUAGAAAAACAUAAAAUAGAUCAUUUUUCUUCUGGGACAGACAUAAAAAUGUGCUUGGACAUCUUACUGAAAUGCUCUGAAGAUUUGAAAAAAUGCACAGACAUCAUAAAACAAUGCAUAAAGAAAAAGUCGGGAGGUAGUAUCAGUGAGGGAAGUGGCAAUGAGGUGAUUUCUAACUCCGAAACUGUCUAUAUGAAUGUAAUGACCAGGUUAGCUUACUACCUGAGAAAGUUACCAUUUGAAUUUAUGCAGUCUGGGAAUAACGAGACCGUAGAUUUGACAGAACUUAUCAAUAAUAUACCUAACUUACAGCUGACUCCAUUCUCCCCAUUAUAUGGGACUGAACAGCCCCCUAAAUAUGAAGAUAUUGUCCACCUCUCAGCCCUCGACUCCGGACAGUUUCAGACUGUUGAAUUGCAAGAUGACAAGCAUAAUUUUAAACAAACAGACAUUGUAAAAACCACUCCAAACAACACAGAUUCCUUGUGUAGCUUGGAGGUAAACGAUCCUGGAACUCUAAAACCUGUGCAGCUUCAGUCACCGUUAUUAACCAUAAACCAUUUAGAGAAUGUUUCUUCUGGUAACUUAAUGGAAACUCUUUAUAUUGAAGAGGAGUCAGACGGGAAGAAGUCAUUAUUAGAUAAAGAACAAAAAGCAGAGAAUGGACAAGGUCAGGAACCAUUACAGGUAAAUGAACAUAAAGAAUUUUCAGACCAUGAUACUUAUCUUAAAAAAUGUCCUGUCUCAAUGCAAAAUGAAAUUGGUAAGAUAUUUGAAAAGCCAAUAAUGGUUCAUCCAUCUAAGGAAGAUUCUAAAUUAGAAGUUCCUACCACAGAUCUCAGAGACCAGAGGCACUUUGUGAAUCCUAACAGUCAGGAAGAGAUAGACAAAUUAUUAAUGGAUUUGGAAUCAUUCUCACAGAAGAUGGAGACCUCUCUAGGAGAACCACUUGCCAAGGGUAAAAGCAUCAAUUCUCUCAAUAGUCAUAGUCAUUUGACUGCUCAGAGCCACAAAGACCUUGAGCCUAAACCUAUAGCCUCUUCAGCUAUGGAAAAAGUUUCACCUUCUUGUCUAACAAGGAUUAUUGAAAACAAUGGACACAAAAUGGAGGAGGAAGACCGAGCCCUCUUACUUCGAAUUAUGGAAAGCAUUGAAGACUUUGCUCAAGAGCUAGUUGAAUGCAAGUCAGGCAGAGGGAGCCUAUCACAAGAAAAGGAAAUGAUGCAAAUUCUACAGGAAACCUUGACAACUUCCUCCCAGCCCACUCCAUCAGUCUGUAGGAGCCCUGUUGGUGAGAAACCCAAAGAUAGUACUUCAGUUGUUUUGAUUCAGCAGACGCCAGAAGUGAUCAAGGAAGCAAAGUAAGAGAGCUAAGAAGCUACUUCACUGUCAUCUCUGUUUUCAUGGCCAGCACAGCAUCUGGCACGUAGUGACCAUAAAAAUACUUGAAUGAUUCAAAAUAAACCAGAAAAGAAACCUGCAACAUCAUUUCCACCUGCAGCCACCCUUCCAAGUAGUCCCCAGCCGGCCUCCCCUGUUCCUUGUGUGAGUGAUGUCGUGAAUACACCGUUGUCCAUAAACAUUCCACAGUUCUAUUUCCCUGAAGGACUCCCAGACACCUGCAGUAACCAUGAACAGAUCCUAAGCAGAAUUGAAACUGCUUUCAAGGAUAUUGAAGAUCAGAAAGCAGAUAUUCAUGAAAUGGGGAGAAUUGCAAAGGUCUGUGGCUGUCCACUCUAUUGGAAAGCCCCCAUGUUCAGGGCUGCAGGAGGAGAGAAGACUGGAUUUGUGACAGCACAGUCAUUCAUUGCCAUGUGGAAAAAGUUGCUAAGUAACCGUCAUGACGAUGCUGCCAAGUUCAUCUGGCUUCUGGCAAAGCCCAGCUGCAGCUAUCUAGAACAAGAGGAUUUUAUCCCUUUACUUCAGGAUGUGGUAGAUACCCACCCUGGCCUCACCUUCCUGAAAGAUGCUCCAGAAUUCCAUUCCCGCUACAUCACCACGGUUGUUCAGAGAAUAUUCUACACAGUCAACAGAUCUUGGAGUGGAAAAAUUACUUCAACAGAGAUAAGAAAAAGCAACUUUUUGCAAACUCUGGCCCUUUUGGAGGAAGAGGAAGAUAUAAACCAAAUCACAGAUUACUUCUCUUAUGAACAUUUCUAUGUCAUUUAUUGUAAAUUCUGGGAACUAGAUGGUGAUCAUGACUUGUACAUCAGUCAAGCUGAUCUGUCUCGAUACAAUGACCAGGCUUCAUCAAAUAGAAUUAUUGAAAGAAUAUUUUCUGGAGCAGUAACAAGAGGAAAAACUGUACAAAAAGAGGGAAGAAUGAGCUAUGCAGAUUUUGUUUGGUUUUUGAUUUCUGAGGAAGACAAACGGAACCCUACCAGCAUUGAGUACUGGUUCCGCUGCAUGGAUGUGGAUGGAGAUGGCAUACUUUCCAUGUAUGAACUAGAGUACUUCUAUGAAGAGCAGUGUGAACGGAUGGAAGCCAUGGGCAUUGAGCCCUUGCCGUUCCAUGAUCUGUUGUGCCAGAUGCUUGACUUGGUGAAGCCAGCUAGUGAUGGCAGAAUAACUCUGCGCGAUCUGAAGAGGUGCAGAAUGGCCCACAUCUUCUACGACACUUUCUUUAACCUGGAGAAAUACUUGGACCAUGAACAAAGAGAUCCUUUUGCAGUCCAGAAGGAUGUUGAAAAUGAUGGCCCUGAGCCAUCUGACUGGGACAGAUUUGCGGCUGAGGAGUACGAGGCUCUCGUAACUGAGGAGUCUGCCCAGGUUCAGCUCCAAGAAGGCUCAUUUGAAGACUAUGAAUCAGAUGAACCUGUAUCUCCCUCUGAACUUGGAAACAAGGGCAAUAAAAUAGUAACUUCAAGCCUUUCAGAGAAAUGUGGAAAGCUUCAGUCAGUGGAUGAAGAGUAGUUACCAUUAUCUACACCAGAAGGAUGCUGUGUAGAGAUGCUCUAGUUUGUACACUGCUUUGUAAAGGGUUUGAUUCCUCCAUGUGCACUAGAAACUAAGAUGCUCUAAGUAGUUCAGCACAGGAGACCCCUCCAGUUUGUGGAAAAUGUGCAGAGCUCGUCCUUGGAAGUAGCAUACUGUCACCAGUCACCUUCCAAACAAAGUCUGCAGUCAGCGCUGCCCCCCUCAGUGCAUGGAGGCUCUCUUGGAACCAAGGUCACACGUGACACACAGUUCUCUGCACAGUAGCAGAAGCUGCCUUGCUUGGUACUGCCAGCUUCCCUGGGGUACUGCAGGCUCCUACAGAACCUGGAAGAAAACCUCACUUGAGUCAAAAAUUCUGGAACUUGAAAAAGGGCCUCUAGAACUGGCUUUGUCCCAGUAACAAAAGCACUGCCAAAACAUCUCAGAAACUACUUCUAUGUACUGGAGUUCAGGGACCUUGAACUUACCUGGUUUAAUGUAAUUUCACCAUGACCUGCCAAACUGCUAAGUCACUUUACAUUCUCAGGUAUUAUAACCACUGGGCCCUUCCAGCUCUGCUGGCAAGCUCUGGCAGCCUCUGCAUCUGACUGUGGACCUUGUACAAAAAUCUCAUGAAAACAUUUCUGAAAAUGAAGACAAUUACAGAAUUUGGCACUUAUUAACAUUUGCAGAUAAUUAUUGGAUAAUGUACUAAUCUACAAAUCAAUGACCUAUCUUCAUUUCUAGCAGAAGGCUUACUUGAAGACUUAGGAAUGGGACAUCCCAUGGAAACCUCUCACUAUACACACUCCGUCCCCUCUCUUGAAUACUAGACUAAGUCAAAAGUAAAAGGCACAAACUACACAGUGUUCCUUACUUCCUGUGGAAAACACCUACCACAUCAGGUAUUUCAUCCACCUUAUUAUUAUCAACCUUGGAAGAAAAACGAUUAUUCUCACCCACAGUAGAAAAGCCUUUUACUAUAGUGGUAAAUUCAGAAUUCUAUACUUUUCAAUGGCCACGCAGCCAACCCCUACAAUAUGCUUGUUGUUACCCUUCAUGCUGAAAAAAGAGAAGGAAAAAAAAAACUAAAAAGAAUGGACAUGUCUAAAAUCAGAGUGACUCUUUUUCCCAACUUUAAAGGGUCAGAGUAGCCACCCUUCCUCUCCAUCCUAGUUUUCUUCCUAAUUGAAAGGCCACGCAGUGAAAUAAUCAAACCUUGGGAGAUAGAAUAAGAAAUGUAAUAUCAACUAAUACUAGAAAUUAGCAAGCCCUGCAACCCCACCCGUCCCAAGAUUCUCCAGUUCCCUAAGACUCAACUAAUCUUCCUUAUACCCAUCAUAGAAACUGGGAACUAUUACAACUAGGAGUUAACCCCGAUAAUUAAAACCUAACAGUGACUAAACUGAGGGAAAAAAUUUACAAAAGAUCUCACACAUUUGGUGGCACAUGCCUAAAAUCUCCGGAUUUAGGUAGUUAAGGCAGGAGACGAGAGAAUGCACAUCUAUAUUACCCCAGAUACACUGCUUGCUGUAAUGCCGGGGCUCAGCAGCCUGGGGUGAGGAGGGCUCAUAGUUUGAGGUCAGCAUGGACUACACAGUGAAACCUUGUCUUAAAAAGAAUUAUAUGAUGUUGCUGCCAAUCCCAUCCAAGUUUAGUAGGAAGAGGGAAUGAUUUAAUUUCAAACGAAAAUGCAAAAGGGUAAUAGUUAUUAAAGGGGUGGGGGUAGAGGUAUAAAGAAUUUUAUUAGCUGGGUAUCUAAAGUAUUUUGAGACUUACCCAGAAGCACAGAACUCAGCUCUAUAAUAUCCUUUAAACAACAGGAGCACAGGGCUGAGCCGGUUAAACCUCACCAACUGCACUGAAAUGUAUGCAACUCGUACUUUGUGGUGCUGGGAAUCAAAACCUGGACGAUCCACAGGCCAAGAAAGCGCUGCACCACCGCUGCACCUCAGCCCUUUUUCAUUAUUCUGUUACCUUGUUCCUCCACCCUUACUCGACUCUGCUUUUUACCUUGAUCAAAACCCAUCAACACCAUCCAGUUGGAGGACUAUUUAAUUUGGGUUACCUGAAUUAUACUUUCUUUAUAAACAAGUGUUUCACCCUAUUCCUUUCUUAGAAAUGAAUGCAAGGAGUGCAACUUCUAAGGAACUAGGUUAGUAUGUAUUUGAUGUUCUGGUAAAGAUGAAGCUAAGUAUACUCCUUACUAACAAACUGGAAAUGUCAAGUUGUGACGAUACCCCCAGGGACCUUGGAAAAGAUGAACUAUAAUCUAAAGCAGCGGUUCUCAACACUCCUAAUGCUGUGACCCUUUAAUACAGUUCCUCACGUUAUGGUGACCCCCAACCAUAAAAUUAUUUGCUACUUCAUAAAUGUAAUUUUACUAUUAUUAAUCAUGAUGUAAAUAGCCGAUAUGUGUUACGCAACCCCUGUGAAAGGGGUUUCGACCCCCAGGUUGAGAACCACUAAUCUAAAUAUUAUUUAAUGAAAGGAGGGUUUCAUAGCAUAAUUGUCAAGGUAAUCAAACUAAUAAAAUUCUGUAUAUUUCCCUGCAUCUAUCAUAUCUGUUACUGUUCAAAAUGUUGGGUUUUGUUGUUUUUUUAAAAGGGAAAGAAAAGGAAGAAAGAAAACCCCAGCACUAGCGCAGAUAUCCUGUGUGGCGCUGGCCGAGCGGAGUAGACGGUGCAUGAGUUGUUCUCCCCUCUGCCAAACAAAAUAAAGCUGUCUGUCGUGUGCUCGA